UGAGUACGUUUGGAAGGGCGAUCCUUAUGCGAUGGGCGCAGUAAUUCAAACAACCAUGUCUUUGUGGUUAGGAUGGAAGAGUGUGCAAGAAGAUGAGUCCAUGGCAUCCCCUCAUGCAACAAUUACCGAUCGCUGGAGUCCACCAAGUCAAGCUAAAGCCAAAAAGUUUGUUGGGUACUUUAGUGUUAAAGAGGGGGAAGUUGUAAGUAUUCGAGAAGCGCUAAGCUGGAUUAAGGAGAUGGACUUAGGAGAUGUGGAUGUAGAGACUUAUUCACAACUUGUUUUUUAUGCUUUAUUAUCUGAACCUUUAAUUUCUCCAUUUGGUUUCAUUAUUGCUGAUGUAAAAGAAGCCGCAUCUCAGAUUCAUGACGUGGUUUUUCGUUUUGUUAAGCGAUCUGCGAAUCGUGCAGUAGUACUGUCAAAGUGGAUCGAAGCUCGCAGGCUGGCCCGCACCAGCCCCGCGGUGGGGCGGGUUAGGGCUACAAAAAACAUGUACACUUUUGUAGACUCUACAAUCUGUAUACCAAGGAGAGCUCUUUCCCGCAAUGGUCUUCAUUUGUUUUUCAGAAUUACAGGAGCAUCCGUAGAUGGAGAAGAUGAAGAUUGCUCUGAAAGUUAA